CGUUAAUUCCAAAAACAAAGCAAGCGAAACGCUUUUAGCGCAACUAAACGUGGCGAAAUGGCGAGGAGACAAGUGACGUGACGACGUCAUUCCGACCACCAGCUUGUGCUAAAUCGAAUGUUUCUCGGAAAAAUGGAAGCUGGCUGGCUGGUGUCUAACACAGAAGAUGUCUCCGCGGUCCUCCGACAAAAAAGGCAUGCCAGCAAAUGUCAAGAGCUGAGGGGCUUGUUCUCCUCAGUGAGGAAAGUGCGAGGCGAUGGCAACUGUUUUUACAGAGCCUUUUGCUUCGCCUAUUUGGAAUCCAUUCUGCGCAAUACCAAGGCUCUACACGGAUUCAAGGAGAAAAUCAUCUCUACAAGUGAAUACCUCUCCUCUGCAGGAAUUGAUCAGAGUUCCUUCCAACUGCACUUGAAUACAGUCCUCAACGUCAUCGAGCAUUGUGAGGGUAGCAAUCAGGAGGAGACGUUGUGCAAGCUCUUCAACGAUCAAGUGACCUCAGACAGCGUGGUGCAGUACCUGCGCCUGCUCACGUCCGCGCACCUGCAGAACCACGCUGACGACUUCUGCAACUUUGUGGAGGCACCCAGUCUGCAGGCCUACUGUCACAAAGAAGUGGAAGCUAUGGGAAUGCAGUGUGACCAUGUGGCCAUUCUAGCUCUUACUCAAGCGCUGGACAUCUGCAUCCACGUCGUCUCAGUGGACGGUGAAGAUGAGCAGUUGGUGCAUCACGUUAUCCCCUGUGGUUCAGAGCCCUCCAUGCACCUCCUCCACCACAUAUCACACUUUAGUAUUCUGGGCCCCCGACCACCACCCUGACUGCUCCCCUCUACCUCGGUAAAGUUGGCCCUUCCAUCAGAUGCAACUUUACAGAAAAAUUGUCACAUCGUUUUCAAAAACGAGAGCCCAAAAGGAAUUUUUUUUUUUGAGAUGUUAACAAUUUUUUAUUGGUCAAUCUGAGGUCAACAAGCACCCUCAUUUUGAUUAAAAAUGGCAUCAAUCAUUUGUGCUAGUUUGUGCUGCUAUCGUUUAUUAAUUUCAAGUGACGAUGUCACACAGCCCCCCAUUUAUUGCAAAAUAGACCAGAAAUGGUGCUAUUCGUUUAUGCUGCUAGCAUUGUCUUCAGUCAGAAACCAGUAGCAGCAGCCAGACCUAGGACGACGACUGCAUCAAAUCCUAACGUGGCUUUACGGAACAAAGAAAACAACGCUACCAGCCAACAUAUCUCAGCACCUUUGUCGCAGCUGACAAAGUGUACCAUCUCUCAAUAACGGUGGGGUUUCCCUACAAUGGCGUACCGCAAGCAACGCUUUACUUUUGCUCAUUAAUAGUCAUGACGUUACCAAUUGUUACGAGGCGGGUCAACCUCCCGUUUGUCUCUAAAUAGUAAAUGCGUGGAAAUGGUGUACGAAGGAGAUGUUCACUGAGCUAAGCCUACCAAUUCUGUCCGAAAAUGUCUCUGGGGCCAAAUUCACUGGUAAAGAUGUGGAAGAACAUACAAAUAUUCAGUUAAAGACCGAAUUCACUGGUAAAGAUGUGGAAGAACAUACAAAUAGUCAGUUAAAGAUGGCUUGAGUAAAAAAAGACGUUUUAUAUACACGUCUUUCUUAUGUGCAUUGCCUUAUGCCACUGACAUUCUGUUUCAACUAUUCUUUACCACCAUAUGCCCCGUCUGUCUCAUACAUUAUAUCCUCUGGUUGUCUUAAGUCUCUGACCGUUCUUGGGGGUAAUUUACAUUUUUAUUUUCGUGCAGCGAUCGCAAAUGCUACACAGUGACAGCCAACGAACUUUUAACAAAUCUUAUUUCUGUAUUUUUACACCCCCCCCCCACUUGUUGUUGUUUUUUGUUUUUUUUUUACAACAGAAAGGGUAACAAGCGUGGCAGUCAGAUACCAUUUUAAUUUUUUUCAGGUCAUUCAUUGUCAGACAUGCAGCACGGCAAAACGCCAUGCUGAAAAAUAAGUAAAAAUAUCAAAAUGGCUUACCUCUUCAUCCUCUGAAGGACCAUGGUCCCCAACAAAAUGUUUACUGCAUAUGAAAUGUGAAUGGCUUCACCUUGCUUGCCUUAAACUGGUCUUUCGGACGUCCGUGCAAGUUGAUCCAUUCUUUACAUUUUUUCCUCCGGGGUUUUUGGUUUCGGGAAAUAUAUGAAGAAAACGUCCUUCAUAUGUCAUGUCUAAAGCCGUUUCUACAAGUUCCAUAGCAGCAGUGUUUGAUCGGCCUGUUCUUUUUUGACAGAUUACCGGAGAAAACAAGCAGAAAUAACAUUGUAGGCGAGGGAGGCGAGGCGUAUUGAAUGGCGCCAUUUAAGUCCGUUUUGCAAUAAAUGGGAAUGUUGCGUGACGUCAACACACAAAAUAUCUCAAAAACCAGAGCAGCACAUUUCAUUGACAACAUUUUUUUAAUCGAUAGGUGGCUGAUUGACCUAUAAAAGAAGUUUUAAUAUUUCAAAAACGAUCACAGCACAAACCAAUGACAAUUUUUCUAUUAAUUUGCGUUUGAUGGGGGGCCAACUUCACACAGGUCUCCCCUCUAGUCACAGACAUGGGGAAUUGGUUCAUGUUUCAGACAGUGACUGCUGUUCACACACUAAUCAGAUUGUAAUACCUAUUGUUUUUAUACACUGUUUGGCUGAUGUUCGUCAAUUUAUUUCCUCCUGCAUAAUUAAAAUGUUUUUUUAAAAGAGUCAUCUUUAUUUGGAUGAAACUGCAGUGUAUACGAUAGCUGUCCGAAAUCCUGUUCUUAAAUGGCGCAUUUUAGUUCAGCGCCGGCUUUUUUUCUUGCCUUUUUUGUGCUGCGGCACACCAGUUUGUGUUUUCUUCUGCGCUGUCAAUCUCAUGAGGGCACUUUGCUCACCUAUGACAGACAGCUGAGCCGUGCACAGGCGUCCCAUCUGAGUGGGGUAUUUGGUCUUGGUCACACUCUUAAACACAUUCUGAGAGAUGAGAUGCUUCAAGUGUUUCUUCAUGCCUUUCACCAUCAUCUGUUGCUCUCGAUCAUCAUCCUCGUCCCUCCCCUUCCCUGCAAAAGAAUGCUAAUUGGUCAGUUCUUUCUACAACCCUUAGAAAAAGUAUGGAAUCACCGGUCUCGGACGAGCACUCACUCAUAUAUUUUAUCAUGUAGAACAAACUGAUAAAAAGCUUUUUAAAAAAUUAGUUCAAAAGUGCAAUCUCGAAAAAGUUUCAGCAUCAACACCUUGACAAGAGUCAAGAAUCUGCAUUGGAAGAGGUGUCAAAAGUCAAGAAUCUGCAUUGGAAAAGGUGUUAAUGCUGGAACUUCUGUUUGGUGCUGUUCCAGUGAGAUUGAAAAAGAUGACUGCCUGAAGAAAACAUCAAAAUUCCCUCAGUCCUUGAUGAUAUGGGGCUGCUUGUCAAGCAAAGUAACUGAGGAGAUGGCUGUGGUUAAAUCUUCAAUAAAUGCACAAGUUUACAUUGAAAUUUUA